UCAAGUAUGAUACACGAAGAUCUGACUACCCCACGCAUUAUGGCCCUAUGUCUUCUUCUCGUAUAGAUUACGUUUGGUCUUCAGUUGAUGUUAUCUCAAACUUCAUCGAUGUUAAAAACAAUAAAAGAAAUAUUCCUUUGAAAAAGGUAUACGACUACGACAAAAUGACUGAGAAUAAUUGGUCUGCCUUCGCUAACAAAACUGACACUUUAGCCAAUGGUUGCUAUUUACGUUGCCUAAACAAUAAGACUGUGUUUAACCAGAAUAUGUUAAACCAAUUUUGGGAUCUCUUCCAAAACUGUAUCAUUAAAGCUGCAGACUCUAUAAUACCAUCACACCAAUCAAAAGGACACCAUACAUUAAAGAGACCUCCUCUCCUGUCUAAGUUGUACAAAAACCUCAAACUGCUAUAUAAACUAAAGAGAUUGGUAAAGAAAAUGGAAGUUACAUCUUGUCUUCCCCAACAUUGGUCCACUUUAGUCGAAAAAUUUUACACAAUUAUGAAUGAUUUUGGCAUAGGUUAUGUUAGAAUUCCUCCUGAUCCCACUACUAUCGUCGCAAAAUCAACUGCUCUAAUAUAUAUCUGCUGCUAG